AUGCUUCGAUCCACUUUGGUUGCUCUAUUCAGAGCCUCUGCUUCCAGAAGCAUCUCCCAGUCGGUGCCCCGGUUCUCUGGUGCCACAAUAGGCAAGCAGGAGCCACAAUUGUCACUGUCAUACACUUGUAAAGUGUGCGGAACCCGACAAGGUCCGAAGACCUUCGCCAAGUCUUCAUAUGAGAAGGGAGUGGUCAUUGUGACGUGCACCGGAUGCCACAAUCAUCACAUCAUCGCCGACAAUAUCGGAUGGUUUGAGGACUUUAAGCUCAAAAAUCAUGGAAACGAGUUUAAGGGAACAUAA